AUGGCCCCCGAAGAGAAACAAAUUCAAAGGUGGCAGACCGUGCAGGAUGGUGUCGACAAACUUUGGUUGGAGCGGGCACCCAUGCCUAGUCCUGGCAAAGAUGAAGUCCUUGUCGAGAUCCGUGCCGUCUCCCUGAACUACCGUGACACCGAAGUGGUCAACGGCCUAUACAAACACCACAAGAGCCUCAAGGACAAGAAACCAGACCCCCUAACCCCCUGCUCCGACAUGUGCGGUGUCGUGACGGCCGUUGGCCCCGACCUGACCAUCCCCUGGAAGGUAGGCGACCGGGUCCUGUCUACCUUUACCCAGGCCCAUCUGUCUGGCCAGAUCAAGGAGGAACACAUGGCCACGGGAAUGGGCUUCCCGCUCGACGGCGUGCUGCAGACCCAGAGAGUCUUUCCCAGCACCGGCCUCGUCAAGGCCCCCGAGUCUCUGACCGAUGAGGAGGCGUCUUGUCUACCCAUCGCUGCCGUCACGGCCUGGAUGGCGCUCUUUUGGCAGGAGCCGCUGCGGGAGUUUCCGGAUCUGUCGGGCAAGGUCGUGCUCGUGCAGGGGACGGGCGGAGUCAGUAUUUCUGGCAUGCAGAUUGCAAAGGCUGCUGGAGCUACUACAAUUGUAACCUCCUCAUCCGACGACAAGCUCCAAAAGGCCAAAGCCCUCGGCGCAGACCAUCUGAUAAACUAUCGAAGCACUCCAGAGUGGCAGGACGAAGUCAUGAAGCUGACGGACGGCCGGGGCGCCGACGUGAUUUUCGAGUGCGGCGGAGCAGACACGCUGCACCGGUCCCUGCAGUGCGUGACCUUUGGCGGCCUCGUCAGCUGCAUCGGUUACCUCUCGGGCAAGCAGGACAAGUCGGUCGAGGGCAGGCCGCACUUUAACCUCUUGGCGCUGUCUCGAAACGUCACGGUCAAGGGCCUCAUCAAUGGGCCGAGGGAUAGGUUCGAGGAUGUGGUUGGGUUCUACGACAAGCAUGGAAUCAAGCCCGUAGUGGAUCGCGUGUUUGGGUUCGAGGAGGGGAGGGCUGCGUUGGAGUAUUUGAUGAGUGGGGGGCAUUUUGGAAAGGUGGUUGUCAAGAUUUCUGGUUGAGUGGUGUGAUGCUGUAAUUUUAGUAGUCUCUGGAUGUAUACUGGGAUUAUAACAAACCAUGCGCACCGG